CAAACCCGCGAUCCACAGAUCUUGAGAGGUCGCAGACUCCUGAAGAGAUGGAGCAGGCCGAAGCCAAGCCUGUGCUUGACCGCGUAGAGCAGCGCCGUCGGUAUGGGCUGGACUGCGGCGACGCCAUCCGCUUCGAGGCCGGUUCCUGGGCACCAGGGGGCGAGCACGUGCGGCAACUCACUGUGCGCAACGUGUCACAACGCACCAUCAAGUUCAAAUAUGAGCUGCCACGCACGAAAUACUUCAGCAUGAACUUCCCCACCGUAAUGACACUUAGUCCGGGCAUGCUCACAACGCUGGAUGUGGCCUUCCGACCCGUGAAACUCGAGGAAUACGACGACUUCGUGGAUUUCCACGUCCAUCUGAUCGAGGGGGGUGUCGCUGCAGUCUCCGGGCGCUUCCGAGUGCCCGUGGUGGCGCGCAUUGCGGCACUUAAAGUGGAAAUACCGCACGGCGUGGACUUUGGAUUUUGCCCCACUAAAGAGACCACGCUACAGGGCUUCAUGCUGCAUAAUUGUGGACAGAUCGACGCGUUAUUUGACUGGACAGUACCAGCCGCAGGGGAACAUGGAAGGCCGUUCGCAGUGCGACCGGAGUCUGGGCGAGUUAAGGCUGGGGCGAGUAUAGAACUCACUGCAAGCUUCUGUCCUGCUAGUGCCUCUGUGUACGUCACCACCACGACCUGUACUGUCAAGCCAGAUACCACGGAGUCGUUCGCACCGGCACAUGCACUAGUAGAGACGAUGAAGAUCAGUGGUAUCAGCAAGUUUACGCAUUUAUCUGCUUCGGAGACGGAGCUAAAUUUCGGAGAAGUGCUGGUUGGUGCACCGAAUACAAGUCGCGCUCCAACGGAGAAGGAGUUUAUAUUACGGAACCGCUCGCUAGUACGUGCCAGCUUCAGCAUUGAAAAUGUCGAGAGUGAUCACGAUCCCAGGUUCUUUUUCUCACCGUUGAGCGGUGUCGUUGACGCUGAAUCGACAGUUUCUAUCAAGGUACGAUAUAUUCCGCUGAGCGCCGGUACUUUCACUUGCGAUCACUUCGAUAUCUUGACGCCUGGUGGCAAUCGAGUCCGAAUCACGUGCAAAGGACGAGCUAUUGGUCCCAAACUGAGCAUCUGGCGGAAGAAUUUGGAGUCCAAUUUCGUACCAACACGAUCUGUGAAUUUUCACGACAUUCCUGUGGGUGACAAAGUGGUAUCGCGUGUUAUUACGCUCCGGAAUGAGUCGCCAGUGGAAAUUUUCUUUCACUUUGAUGCGCAGUCUAAAGGUGUGUUCUGCUUUGACCGGGUUACAGGCAAGAUACCGCCGUUCUUGGAUAUGAACAUCACCAUUUAUUUCUCGCCAGAUCACUCUGGGAACUUCUACCGCAGAUUUUUCCUGCUCGUACGACAUCAAAGUACGCAGUAUGUGGAUGUACUAGGGACUGGAUACGACGAGAAAACGCGUCCCUCUCCUUUCCAACAGGCUCACGUUGAUGCUUAUCGUCUUCGCGCCGCAGCUGGUCUUGGAUGUCUUUCUCCGGAUCAAUUGGAGACGUACCAUGAAGAGAACGGUGAUGCUAUGUUCCUCAAAGGCGUGUUACAACUUGCAAAGGCUGAAGAAUCACUGAAUACCAGCGACGCUGAUUCAUCCGCAUCCCAGCUACCUCCACCCAGUCGGAUCCUCACGCGAAGUGGAGAGGCAUCAUUGGCCGAUGUCGAGGUUUGCAGUGAAUACUUUAUCAAUGUUGAGGACAAGAUCAACCCGAUAGUUAUCCUCGGUGCUUUUCUGGACUUUGGUAAUUGCGGUAUCGUUCAAUUCCCAUCGAAAAAGCUUCUUCUUGUGACCAAUAAUACUCACAGUAAGGUGACAUGUUCAUGGCGUGUGGCUGUGGCGCCUGGUACUUUCGAGACGAGUGAUGAUCAGUCAGUGUUUCAGGUAUUCCCACCCACCAGUGACAUCGCAGCAGGAGCAACAGCAGAGUUCCGUGUUGCGUUUCAACCAUCCCGAGUCAAUACUUACUAUUUCGCCGAGUUGGAAGCGUUUGCUUCCUUUAAGUCUAACCGUACUUUUCGCUUGGUCAAUGUCGAUACGUUUACACCUCCAUGGUGUUUAGUAGCUAAGGCUAGCGGUAACACGUUUGCCUCUCCCACGGAGCAGUUUCUACCGAAAAUCAGCUUCCAGGUGCUGAAGAAUAAGGUGGACUUCCCGCCUUGUUACCUCGGUGAUAGCGUUUUUCAGACAAUACUGCUUGAGAACGCGAGUGAUACACCUGCUGUCUUCUCCUUCGUUGAUGAUCCGGCUGAGGUUUUCUCGUGCAAGCCGAUGUGCGGCUAUAUCGAGGCCAAGUCUUUCCAUCUCGUGGCUAUUCGAUUCACGCCUCGCAAUGUGCGGAAAUAUUCGUGCUUUCUGCAAUGUAUAGUGAACAACGCGCGAGCCAAGCCGGAAGUAUUGGAGCUUACCGCCAUUUGUGCUCUACCGCAACUGAGCUUCCAGGAUAUUGAAGCUGGUCAACUGUUAUCUUCAGAGGCAAAAGUUUACAUCAAGCCAACCUCUGUGGGUCUCCAGUCUUUGAAGCAGAUCGAGUUGAUCAACACUUCACGAGUUCCGCUUGUGUAUCGAUGGGAACUACCUCCGAAAUACCAGAACGUGUUCCGAGUCAAGCCGAAGCUUGGCAGGCUCAAUGGAAGAGAGUCCACGUCCAUCGAGUGCUGCUUUACUCCAAACGAGAUCCGCGAGUACGCCAGUCGUUUCCUCGUGGCUGUUAAGUCCAUCAGCGUUCCACUAGAUGAGCGUAAAAGCCUCAAGUCGAAGAUCCCAAUACUUCAGGAGCUCACGAUACGAGUACAAACGAAGGGAACCACGGGUGCAAUCCUAUUCCAACCGGAAACUCUGAAAUUCGAGACAAUACUCGUCAACUCCAACUCAAAGCAGACGUUCUUCAUCGAAAACACAGCCGACUGCGAUCUCAUGUACUCGUUACAACAGUCGAUGAUCGCGAAAACUAAAAAAUGUCGACACAAUGAGAAGAAUGGUGUUAACAGUAGCGAAGAGGAUAGUGUCGCGUCAAAUCCGGUUGGUAAAUUGGUAUUCUCUCAAGCAGAAGGCUGUAUUCCGGCCCAGUCACGAAAGAAGAUCACGGCGACGUUCUUUCCUACAUCAGCAGGAUUGUUUACAUUUGAAGUAUCGUGUCUUGUUGGCAACCAAGAAGCAUCAUCACCUUACGAUACGUGGGGGUUCCACGAGCUCAAGCCUGCCACAUGCAUCAUUCAAGCUGAGGCUUCUUUCCCGACUAUCGAAAUUCAAGACCUGCGUGUGCCAGGAUUAUCCACACAAUUGGCCUGGCACCAGUUCCGAUGCAACGAGAUCAACGAGUAUCUCGCUGAACCACUAACAAAAGUGGAAGAAAAGCUGGGCAGUUCUACAGCCAUUGGCAACUCCAUUUCUCCAGAAUCCGAGGAUUUUGGAGAAGAGAAUCCGAUGAAACGCUUUGCUCUCCCGUUCUCUCCUGCUCCGUUGGGUAGCCGUAUGGAGAGGGUAUUCCUGAAGCUAUGUAACCCUGGGAGUCUCGUUGUGCAAUAUCAUCUACGCUUACCGAAAGAGGAUACGGUUGAAAUCGAGCAUUGGGCUGAGACCGGUGCACCAUCAGCUGAGGAAGUGCGCUUGAACGUCAUCAUUGACAGUAAAGUAUUCAGUAUCUCUCCACGUCGAGCGACCUUGCUGCCUCGCCAGAGUAUCAUCUUGACUCUUUCAUACUCUUACACUUCGGAGGCCUUUGAUGGUGAACACAACCUCCCUCUGUUCUUAGAAGUCGACAAGGGUAAGAAAGUGGUGCUGGAGCUGCAGGGCCGAACACUUACACACAAAGACCCCAAGCUAUUCCUCCCCACGCAAGUGUUCCAUCUCUCUCCAGUGACAAUCGGCGAAUUUCGACGAGACUUCAUGCUUCCACCAGCAUUAAUUGAGAGUAAAAAGGGUGAUGACCACAGCGAUCAACACAAGCAGGUGCAUUCUCGAAUUGGUAGACCUCCAGUUCAGCAAAUUAAAGUGUUUAACCGUGGUGACAGCGCUUUACGUUUGGACAUCGGAAGUGUCUCGUUCAACCAAGUCAAUGCUGCAAACUAUGGGUAUCAAGUGCUCGCCUGUGCCAAUAACUCUGAAAUUAUUCCAGCCAAAGGCUCCGUUUUCCUCGACAUCGAAUUCAACCCGAUCAAAGUGGGCACCAUCGAGGUUCCACUAUUGCUUAAAGCGCACGGGUUAAUGGGAAAAGGAUACAAGGAAAUGGUGGAGAUCACCAUCGUUGCAACAGGAUACCAUCCCAAGCAAUGGACAUUGCAGCAGAUAAAAAGCGAGCUAUGGCUUUCAACGGCACCGCCGAAGAAACAAGCCUUGAGUAUUCCAGAUCUGCCAGCUUGCUUCGUGUCAGAUUACGUUGACUUCGGCCACGUUUCAAUGUACUCGGAAGCGAAUCAGCUACUGGUUUUGCAAAACGAGAAUGGUCGAGAUUCCGAUGUGAGUCCACGCAGUUUCGUCUUCGAAUGGGACUCAAUGCAUCCUCUUGUUGCUAAUGGGACCAUCUCGUUCUCACCGAAGCGUGGCGAGCUUGGACCGGGCGAGAGAGCGCUCAUUCGUGUUAGUGUUGUUGCAGGAGGUGAUGCCUUUGUCGUUAAUCACGAUGUGGCUUGCACGAUCAUCUACAGCGACGAGCAUACGGACUCUAUUAGCAACAACGCAGUAUCACGAAGUCCGACACGAUCUAAGGGGCAGACGAAUACAAGCGCUUCAAGUCGAAAUAACGACAACAAGACUCGAAUGUCGAUUAUCCAUCGCUCAACAGCAACACAAGAAGCGGUUGUCGACAAGCGUGGCAGGUCUGUGCUGAAAUUGGCACUAAGCAGCAACGACUCUCCUCAUCCACAGACGCUGUCGAUGGCGCAACGUAGCAGUCAUAGCAGUUCACGGAACACUUUGUUGCCGUCUCAAUCAACUCGCAAGGGAUCUCCAGAAAGAACUGGCAUGAUGUCGAGUAGUGACAGUCGUCAACUGGAAGCAUUGGCUGACUUGGAGCCGACUCCUCUCUUCGUACGCAUCUACGCACACGUUCUGCCACUGGAUGUGAUGGAGAGGAUUUAUCCACGUGAAGAGCUGAUAAAGAUGCCAUUACCGACUACGAAGGAGAUUUUGCGUGUUCUUCCGGUACCUGCCACAGACGUGAAGACUCCUUCGUUGUCCAGUACGAGAGAUACAACCACUCCAACCAGAACAACCAGAGGACUCAAAAGCAGAGGUUGUAUGGGCAGUGACAAGGUAUUGACCAGCAAACCUGGUACUGCUUCCUCAUCCGUCAUCGAAGAUGAGUUUGCUGCUGCAAGAUGUCGAGACGUACUGUACGAUGUCAUGGAGACUCUAGUGAUGGACGUGUUGACAUCCAGCGUGAUCCAAGGGGCCCUGGAAGAGCAGCUCGUGCCACUUCCUCGCUCCGAUCGCGCCCUUGAACACGCUUCAACGUCAGAAGGAGCCAAGGCCAUUCAGCCGCCGGAAACUCUGUACCACGAAGUCCGGCAAGACGAUGACUGCCAGGCGAUUAUUGCCGAUGUGAUGGAGAACACAGUGUUCAACGUUCUUCAGGAACUUUUCUACGGGGAUCUUGAGCAGGAACUGCUGUGUGUACCUCGGAAGACUGUGUUCCCAAAUGCUGGUUUUCCUGUUGCUUCUCUUCAGCCUGCAAUUGCCCCAGACAUCAACAAGAACAGUCAGUCACAACUCAAAACGUAGCGAAUAAGCAGCUAGUUCAGUAAAUCUGACGGCGGUCUGGUAGAUAAAAGAGUACAACAAGUAGUGCGCGAUGCGUUCAUUACGAUCAUUACGAG